AUGUUCGAGUAUUUGUUGCUAGCAGUAAUCACAAUUGGAACGGCGUUGCUCUAUAUCGUUCGAUUUCGACGCAACAAACACAUUAUUACGAGAUCCGAUGGCAAGAAACCAUUUGGCACGUGGACUCCAGUAGAUUUUCAAGCGCCGAUACCUCCUGCGUAUCCUAACUGGUCAAUUGAAACUACCAAUCCGUUGCCCUAUCGUCCAUUCAAGUAUGGACCUGACUAUUUUGUCACCAUGGGCAUUCGUCAUCUACAUUGGGAUGAUUGGAUCGAACUUGACAAUCAGUGGAUUCGCUAUCAUAAUAUAAAGCUUGCUCGUCUAUUUGGAGAACGAGCAUCUCGUUUGUGUAUGACAGUUCCCGAAGCGUAUGAUGCCGCACUUGAAACCAUGGAAUUAGUCAGUGAAUAUUUAGUUUGCCGCUAUCCUUCACUGUUCCAGUUCGAAUAUAGCGCCACACAAAAGCAAAUUCAAAUCAAAGCUACAGGAGAAGUUUAUCCUAUUCAUUCUGACGAUCCUCUCAAGUAUGCAGCUUUGCUAAUUCAAGACGAUUUAGCACUAAUGAUUGAAGGAGUCGAUGGACAGUACUAUCUCAAAGCUGGUGCGAUCCCACUUCCUGGUUUCUGGCGUCUUGAAGAUAAAUUCAAUAUGUCACUUACCGAAAUUCACACGUCUGGAAACGUGCCACAAUUUCGAGAAAAACUACAGGAGGGUAUGGAACGAUUCUUUCAAAAAAUGACGCCUGAGAAACCAUUUGUUCGAUACAAUUAUUCCAUUCAAACAGACGGUGAGCUGGCUUGGUCAAGUUCGAUCGGAUCAGAAGAAACGUUUGGUCGUGGGCGAAAAGAUGCACGAACAAAUCCAUGUAUCGAAAACAUACAUUUUCGUAGCGAGAGACAGGCACUUCGACGAUUGCCACGCAGUGGAGCCAUUCUUUUUACAGUUCGUACUUAUUUUCUGCCAAUCAUCGAUAUUUCUCAAGAACCGAGCGUUCCCGGACGAUUGGCCUCAGCUCUCCGAAGUUGGCCUGAUGAAGUUGUACGCCACAAAGGAAGAAAAGUUUACGAAGAUGUCCUUUUGAAAUAUCUCGAUGAAAAGCAUGCAGAACAGUGUGCGAAUGGUCGCGAAUCAACUAAUUUAAAUGCAUAUCCAUUUUAA